AUGUUUUCCGUGGUCAUUCCAGGGCGGCCGUGUCUCACAGACAUCAACACCGUCGACGUCCAACCCGGUGCUCAGCCGACCAAGUUCGCCUUCACUUUUCCUGCAUCUCCCAAAUUCAACCACCUUGUCGUCUUUUUUCUCCCGGGGACAGUGCUACCCCCGGAUACAGCUGCUGCAAUCUACCUACAAACUCCCAACUCAAACCCGACGCCCAAUGGCCCGGAGUUUCAAUUUCUCGGCGCAAUCGGAAACGAGAAACCCUCGGCCAUCUUCAAGGUUGGAUCAGGCGCUAACCAACCGCGCCUGACAGAGGCUCAGCAGGAAGACGAAAUGCUGGACGAAGACGCCACUCCGUCACGGGAUACCGGCGCCGGACAGGUUGUGCUAGGCAUCUCUAUCGAGCCGGCGCAGAGCGUGGCGGCGCAGAUGGCAGCGCUCAGCGCCCAGAGAGAGUCGUCAACGGACCUUGUCCGUCUGCCACCGCAGCAAAAGCAGAUCACGACAAAGGUUCUUGCGCAACGAGUGAUUGGAAACGCGUUUAACUUUUUGGCUAGCUUCGCCGAAUCUGACCCCAGCAAAAGAGGUGAAGAGGUUAUACCUUUGAAGAGCUUCAGUGAUUGGUGGACGAAAUUCGAACGGCGUAUUGAAAUAGAUCCGACCUUUUUGGAGCGCGAAGACCCCAGUCAGUCCUGA